AUGCUCAUGAUAGCACGGGACGUUCAACCGUUUUCCAUGGUUGAGGACGAGGGAUUCCGUGAUUUAAUGCAGCACAUGGACCCAAAAUACAAAAUCCCGAGCAGAACCUUUUUCAGAGAAGUAAUGCUACCUAAGCUAUACAAAGAUUUGAAAAAGGAUCUGGAAUGUGAGCUCGAGGAUGUCCAGUACGUUGCUAUUACCACGGAUGGAUGGACUUCCCGUGCAAAUGAAGCUUACAUAACUGUUACGUGCCAUUUUGUGGACAAAAAGUUUCAGCUAGUUUCAGCGGUCUUGUCGACGGCGAGUCUUUUGACGCCCACAAAUCACUCAGCACUGAAUAUCGCUGAUACUAUUCGACAAGUAUUAAAUGAGUGGAAACUUCUGCAUAAAGUUGUAACUAUAGUAACUGAUAACGACGCUACAAUGAAGAAGGCAUGCGAACAUCUGCAAAUGAAACAUUUUCCAUGUUUUGCGCACACGAUUAACUUGCUGGUUCAAGAAAUUCUCAAAUUGGAGAUUAUUAAACCCAUUCUUACCAAGUGCAAGACUGUUGUCGCAUUUAUGAAGCGAAGUUCGACUGCCAUGACGAAAUUUAAGGAAGCUCAAAUGGUGACUGACCCACUUGGAUUAAUUCAAGAGGUACCAACUAGGUGGAACAGUGCCUUCCAAAUGAUGGAACGAAUUUUGAAAACCAAUGGGGCACUCUCAAUUUCAUUGUUAGGAACUGCAAAGGCUCCGGCACCUUUCUCUGCCAAGGAAAUUAGUGUCCUGGAGGAACUUUGUUCAUUGCUUCGUCCGUUCGAGAAAGCCACAAAAUUAAUAUCGGGCGGGAAGUACCCCACUAUGUCCCUCGUCAUUCCAAUUGUCUGCGAAAUGCAAAUACAAGUGUUUUCCUAUAAACAAAGCUUUAAAAGCCCAGAAGCCAAUCUGGCAUUUAACUUUUUAAGUGAUCGCUUUAAUGAUCGUUUUGGGAACUAUGAAACGCGCACUGUUCCUAGGAUGGCAACAUUAAUUGACCCCAGGUUCAAAAAACAGGGUUUCCAAAGAACAAAUAAUACCGAUCAAGCAUGUCGAGCAUUAGAAGACGAGCUUCACAACGUUAUUAAAAAUUUGGCUCAAGAACCAUCCACAUCAGCGUCGAUAGCGCCUACACCACCCAAUUCAUCUUCGAGUUUUUUUACGAAUCUUCAACUCAAAAUAAAUGCAAAAACGACGACUACGCGUUCUGACGCAAUUAUAUUGCUCAGACAGCAUAUAGAAAGCGGGAACGAGCCAGAAACUUGCGAUCCCCUACAUUUUUGGAUGCUGUGUUCAAACAACAUGCAGCCCUUCAAGGAGCUAACAAAAAAAUUUCUAUGUAUUCCAGCCACGUCGUGUGAAUCUGAGAGAGCGUUUAGCAAAGCAGGCCAAAUAAUUUCGGAUCGUCGUACCCGGUUGAAGUCCGAAGCCACAGAGGGAGCCACGGGAUCAGCACUUUUCGCAAGCAGUGGAAAACCAAAGUCAAAGAAGAAGUCCAAGGAAACUGACAGUUGCCAUUACUACAAGAAAAGAGUACAUUGGGUGACAGACUGCAAGAAGUGGAUUUCUGAUGGACGACCAAAGAGUAAUGCUCCUCAAAGCAACACCGUAGAUACCAAUUUAACUUUAGUUGUCGUCUCUGAAGAUGCUCUAAAAAUGGAAACAAAUUCAUCGGUAGACACAGGAUGGUGGAUCGACAAUGGAGCGACGAAACUCGUGACCAGCUGUCCAGACCAGUUCGUUGAUUUCCAAGAGCUUCAUAGUCCAUGCGUCAUCAAAGCUGCUGGAAAAGAAUCUCUCAAGGCGAUUGGGAAGGGAACAAUCGAGAUUCUGUCCUUCACUAAGGAUGCGACACUAAAGAUGACGUUGACCGAUGUUUGGUAUGUUCCGAAAAUUUCGAAGAACUUAUUCUCUGUUUUAGCAGCCAAGCUGUUUAGCAUUCAACAGCAACCAAGUGCUGGCUGGAAGUAG